UGCAUCCAAGGGUCUUUAUCCCCUCUCUAGUCUCCCUUCGUCUCUUGUCUGAUUUCGUUCUACCCCCAACACUUCGCCAGGAUAAAAUUCAUAUGGCCGCACCCGCUGCUCGGACAUUAGUAGCAUUUGAUUCCCCACCUCAAGAUCCCUAGCUUCCCAUGCCUUCCAUCUCAAUCCUCGGAAAUCUUGGAAGGAAGCGCAGAAAUCAGGUGAAUUGUCAUCCGUAGCUUCCCGUGUCAUCCAUCUGAAUCCGUGGAAAUCUUGGAAGGAAGGCAAAAGGUGCAGAAAUCAGGUGCUGUAUGGGUCUUUGACAUCCGGAAUAUAUUAGGGUUGAAGCAAGAUUAGGGACUUAUUCAGAAGUAAAAGGAUUCCAUCCUUCAAGUUAAAUGAUCAAAUGACCAACAGAACGGCAGCAGGCAAGCAAAAGAAACGACUAAUAAAUUAUACCAACUCAGAGCAAUACAAACCAGGAAAGAAAACAAAAAUUCACUCAUCUAAUUGUCUAGUAAGUUUGAAGCCUCAUAUUGGUCUUAAAUGGGAUCAGAAUCUGAGAAGAGUUGUGCCAGAAAAGGAACAAGUUGGAAUUUUGUGGUCAGACUUGGCCCCUUUCAUAGAAAGUCCAAAACAUUCUUCAGGGCUGGCUGAUGUUACAUAUGUUCCUCCAGAGACAUUUGCUUUUGAGAACCUGAGAGGCGUGCUAUCCUAUGAGGUAUGGGCGACAUGUCUGACAGAGGCUGAGAGAAAGUUUCUCAUACAAUUUCUUCCAAGUGAGACUGAUGCAGAAGAAAGUGUACAUUUGUUGCUUACAGGAAAAAAUCAUCACUUCAGAAAUCCGUUCCUCAGCUGGUCAUCUUCUCUUAGUUAUGGUGAUAUUCAUCCAGAUGCUAUACUUAACAAGGAGAAGCACAUAAGAAAAGAUGAGAAGGCAUAUCAUAUUGACUUGCGUAAUUAUCAUUCCAACAUGAUUGAGACCUUGAAGAAAUGGAGGAAUAGAUGGCUAAGUUGUGGUGAUACAGACAAUUUGUUCAGUGCUAAACAGAAGCAAGGAGUUAUGCAAGUUGUUGCUUCUAAGGGUGGAAUGCCCCUGAAGGUUGCACAAAGUGUCGAUGUCUCAAAAUUUAUGUCAUACAUUGAGAUCAGUAGAACACAGCUCAACCAUAUUAAGAGACUGAAGCAGUCUGGUGAUGGAAUUCAGACCAAACAUGUUUCACGUGUAAUUGGUGGCCUUGAUAAAUCCCAUGUAAAACAAUAUGGAGCAUUAGUAGAGGGUGAACAGAGAAGAAUGCAUGAACAUUGGUUGAACAUGGCGCGCAUUGAUCUACCUGCUGCUUUUGAGGUUCUUAAAGACCGGAAGACACUGAUGGAGAAAUCAAGAAAGUUACUAGGCCUUGAGCUUGGAGAAAAGAAUGUAUCUAUCUUGAUAAAGGCAGACCAGUUAUCAGACGUAAGAAAAGAUCUAGGACAACAUGGUUCAUGUGAAAAUGAUGGCAGCCCAAUCUUGCAAACUGACCAGGUAGAUCACUCACCUCGAAGUAAGUCGCAAGGAGGGAAUGAUGAGAACACACCUCUUCAAGAUCAGGAUGAUGAGGAGGCUAAGUAUGUGGAAACAUCUAUUUACCAUAGUGACAGCCCCAAUGUGAGAGAUCACAAUCUCAUGGUAGUCGAUGGCACAGACAUAACUAGUCAGGGUGAGCAGAACUCUGAUGUGCAAGAUCAAGAUGAUAAGGAUAUCGAGUGUGUAUAUGAAGACAUGUCCUGCUGUGCCAACCCUGAUGAGCAGAAUGAAGAUGUCACUGACAUUAAAUUGCGUAAAGAUGUCCUGGAUGUUCAAUAUGAAGAGAUCAGAGAAAUCAGCUACAAAGAUACAACUCUCAACAAUCAUAGCUCAGAGAGUCAACAUAUCAAAUCCAAUUAUACAAGCACACUUGUUCACACCCUUGACUGCCAAAAUAUGCAAGUUCAAGAUCUCGAUGGCAUUGCUUACACAGGUCCAUCAAUGCAUGCUCAUGAGCAAGAUCAGGACCUAAAAAGCAUCAGCAAUCCAAUUAUGAACAUAGAUGGCCAUGGUGUAAAUAUUCCUUCAGAAAAGAGUCAUCCAAAGAACGCUGUAAUUGCGGACCAAGAAGAGGCUGAGAACAUUACAAUGAUACCAUCAAACAGUUCUUCACUACUUCCUAAGUCCUCCGGAGAACAAAUUCUUGUGGAAGAUUUUCUGGAUCUAAAUGACCAAGUGGCAAAAGGUGAGAAAGACAGAUGGCAGUUGCCAGGCUCUCUUCAGUCCUAUUAUCAUCCUCCAGAGAAUAGAACGUAUAAGGGUUCAGGUGACUUACAGAUUAGGCAGAGGUAUCUCUCUUCAGGACAGCAGAGUUCUUCGUACGUGGAUAAUGGUGUUUUAAGUCAGCAACUGCCUCAAGUCACCAUGUCUGCAUUCCCAGUGGAUAAUUCAGCAUCAUUUAUCGAACCCUUCUCGAAUCAGCAGAGCAAUGGCCAGCUCCAGAUAGCGAAGGACAUUGGAAUGCUCUCUUACUCCCUUCAACAUGCAAAUAGCAUCGAACAGUCAACUGGUUUGCAUUCUUUGGCCAAUAACCGCUUGGCUCAAUCUACUCCAUUUCCCAGGCCCUUGCAGGAGCAGCAAUUAAUUUAUCAGAGUCGCCCUGGCCUUUAUGUGCAACAACUUCACAAUAAUUUGUAUUCUGGUAUGAGGUUUCCAGCUAAUGGAAACGCUCCUAUUGCUGAACAACAUUCUUAUCCUGCUUUUGCUCCCAAGGAUCAUAAAUAUAACUGGUUCUCUGAUGGGAAUCAGUCGCAUGAAAAUAAUUUGUCUGGGUUGGAGUCAGAUAACUGCUUAACCCAGGCCUUGCCAAGUGGAAGCAACACAGAUGGAAGUCUGUUUAGUGCCAUAUCCCAGUACAAACGGCCAUCAGUACACAUGCAACCUGGUAUGUUGAGUCCCAGCCAGCUCCUUGAACCAAGGAAUCAAGUUCGUCCACCUCAAAAUUUUCUUCCUAGGAGUCAGGAUACAAAUGCUCCAUUUUCAGAUGUCUAUGGCCACAGCCAGAAUGUGCCCAGCAGUCCACGCAGUCAUGCAGCAGCGGUAGGCUCACUGAAUAACAUGCAUUGGACAAACUUCGUACACCAGAAUCCUGGAAUGCCUGACUUUACAAACAGGCAGUUUCGAGGGCCCUGGACCAGAUAACUCUUCCUGAGACUCUGGAUGCAGGUUGAUUCUAGGUGCUGCCUAGCUCGAUAAUAAGGAAAUUGGGGUACGCUGGAACAGAAUGCUUUUCAGCAUCGACUAACAUUAAAGUGGUUUUUGAGCUGUUUCAAUGGUGUGGUUUCAGAAGUAUUUUACAUACUUUUGCGCCAUGCCUGUCUGAAUGUCGGCGCUGAGAAUCUGGAGAGUCGGAAACUGAGGAUUCUGUUUUACUUUAAUAAUAAGCUCUGCUCCAAUUUCCAUGUGUAGGCUGCUUCUAUGGUCCUCGGCAAACUAAAUCUCAUGUUGAAUUGUGUUCUUUGUGGUGCCCGGUAGGGACUUCCUAACAUUUCAUGUUUCCAUUAUACUUCGGUUGGCGUGUUAAACUAUUGGUUAUUCUGAGAGCUGAGAAAGGCAAGGCCAUGGAUGACAAAUUUGAUUGGUUGCCUACCGUGCGCACAGCUUUAAAGUGGUGUUUUUUUCGUUUUCAA